GCGAGAUUUGAGUCGAGGCAGCCACGUCCAACCUCAAAUAGGCACCACUGCCACACAUCCGACAGAAGCCGCCGAGGGAAGAACAAAUGCGUUUCCGAUGUCGUGGUGAUCCUGUUCUGCGUUUCUACUUUCUACCUACCUUCUGUGUAGGUUAGUAGUCUGGGGUCAGGUUAUCUGCGCCGCAUUGUGCACCCGCGCCUGCGUUCGAUCUCAAGCUCAAGCCUGCUCAAGCCUGCUCGAGCCUCGUUCGUGCCUUCCCCCCCGAACGCAUCACCCACGCGCCAUCAACAAAUUAUCCACCCAUCGUGCCCCACGCUCUCCCUCGAACUUCCAUAAAGUGCCGUCCAACCAAGGAUUGUUGCCCGUGGUUGUCGCCCUUCUCCUGUACCUUCCCCGUCAUCCGGGCUCGACAGCCACCACUCGAGAUCCUAGUAUGAAGAUGAGAAAAUAAGGCCAUGGCUUCCACAAGAAACAACCAUUCAGCUUCGGCUGGCCUGUCUUUCGCCGACGAUGCGCCCGAAGACCCCGCUGCCAUCAUCGAGCGCCUUUCGGAUGAGUUGACAAUCCAGCAGGCUAUGUUGGCCUCUCUCCGCGAUCUUCCCGAAUCAAAUGCGGAGGACAUUGAGGAUAUUAGGGCGAAUAUUGCGGAUCUCGCACGCCAGAUCACCGAAGCAAAGGGCGAAGGCCAGUUGGCACGUUCGAGAAUGGGCGAUGACGGAGGUGGCCGCAGCAGCCAGGGUACAUCAACGCCCUCUAGCAAUACACUCUCGAUACGCUCAGAUUCGGGGGACGGGUAUGGGUCGGGCCCAGGCAUCAAAACACGAAAGCGUUCUAUUGGAAGCUCACAUUUGGGUGCUGAUCCGCUACACCGAGGUGUCGCCAAAUCGCGGCGGACUACUCCGAGUCCGGGUCCUAGGGCCUUGAACUCUGACUUUGGAGCGUUUGCCGAAGACGACUUCUCCCAGGUUAUUGACCUGACCGGUGACGAUGACAAUGCAUGGCGGUCAACCAUACAACGACAAAAAGAAGCAGAGGAACGCUUAUCCCGAAGGAAGACGGAAGUAGACAGAGAUGCUGCGUUGGCGAGGCAAUUCAACGGGCGCGCCUCACAAUCCCCAAACGGGCCGACUUUCGCAUCGCCAUCCCGGUUGGGCCAGAAUAAUGCCUUUAACCGCAUCCUAGGCAGGUCUUCUCAAGCCUCUCCAUGGUCAACGGACCGGGCCGACCGCAUCAAGCAGGAGCCGGGCCCAUCACUGGCGACGAGACCCCAUACCUCGGUCAAAACGGAACCGAUGAGCUUCACGGGGCGCACCGGUGAUAGCCGUCGGGCGGGAUCGUCUACAGUCAAACCCGAGCCGAUAGAGCACGGCUUCCAAAUCCCGGGGGCAUAUAUUGAUUCGGAAGAGGAGAACGAUUCCUGGGUUGGUAGUUCACGAAACUCAUUCGUCGCCCCUCCUCCCCCCUCUCGGCCAUCCCUGCCUUCACUGUCUUCACCAUUCUCUUCAUACAAUGCAGCCAACCUGCCUACACUACCAUCAUUGUCACGAACUGGGCCAUUUGGUGUCCCUGCCAUCGAGAUGGCCAGGCAAGCCUCGAUUGCACGGCAAGAAGGUACGCCUUGGCCGCCGGUCGGUCCGAUCAACCCGCAACUGCAUGCAAAUGGCAGAUCCCCCGAGGGUACCCCGAAUGGGCGCUCUUUCGUCAUACCGUCUCUCAAUGCUGAUCGGCCAGGCUUUAUGAGCAACGGCGCCUACCACACCCCACCGGGGUCGUCAGUGUUUGGCGCUCCUCCCAGUCUCGCCGACACUAUCGGCCGUGUCAAUGGGUUCAACUUCGACAGCAUGACCGAUGUGAACGGAAAUCCGUUGAACGAACGCCUCACAAGUUUCCUGGACGACUAUGUCAACGACCCUAGGAAGACCGAGGAGGAUAUACAGAAUCUUCUCUCAAACAUCCGUCCGGAUAUGGAUCUUCCCGAGGAGGAACGUGGGGAAACCCCCGAAGCCAUGAAAUACCCUCUUUAUCCGCACCAACAGCUGGCUCUAAAGUGGAUGACAGAUAUGGAGGAUGGAACAAAUAAAGGCGGCAUCUUAGCAGAUGAUAUGGGUCUUGGCAAGACCAUCUCAACCCUCGCAUUGAUGGUCUCUCGGCCGUCCUCUGAAAACAUCAAGACCAACUUAAUCAUCGGUCCCGUCGCUCUCAUCAAACAAUGGGAACUCGAGGUGAAAAAGAAAGUGAAAGGGGCUCACAAGUUGAGCGUCUUCCUUCUCCAUUCCAAGAAGCGACCUUUCUCCGAGCUCAAGAAGUACGACGUCGUGCUUACCACAUACGGGUCGGUAGCCGCUGAGUGGAAACGCUACAACAGUCACAUCGAGCAACGGAACGGGUCAGCCCGGUACGUCGAGGAAGAUGACAUGGAGCUCGCCAAAAAGUGCCCGUUGCUUCAUCCACGAAGCAAGUUCUACCGCAUCAUCCUGGACGAGGCUCAAUGUGUCAAGAACAAAGACACCCAGGGGUCGAGGGCUGUCCACAAGAUCAACGCUACCUACAGAUGGUGCCUUACUGGCACCCCGAUGAUGAACGGUGUAUCGGAAUUGUACCCUCUCAUUCGGUUCCUCAGAAUUAGGCCGUAUUGUGAUUUCAAGACCUUUCAAAGGACAUUUAGAGGACUCACCGCGAAGAGCAAUGUCUCCACUUACAUACGGGACAACGCCAUGCGACAACUGCAGGCUGUAUUAAAGGCAAUGAUGCUGAGACGCAUGAAGAACUCGGAGAUUGACGGCAAGCCCAUUCUAACACUGCCACCGAAGACGGAGAACUCGGACCACGUUGUCUUCUCCGACGACGAGCGCCAGUUCUACCAGGAUCUCGAGUCGAGGUCUCAGGUCCAAUUCAACAAAUUUCUCCGUGCGGGGACUGUCGGCAAAAACUACUCCAACAUUCUUGUUCUUCUGUUGCGUCUUCGCCAGGCUUGCUGCCAUCCUCACCUGACAGAGUUCGAGGUCACUGGCGCCGCCGUUUCGGAUGUCGACAUGGUAGCUCUGGCCAAGGAGUUGGAUACCUCGGUGAUUGAGCGGAUCAAGGCCAUUGAGGCGUUCGAGUGCCCUAUCUGCUAUGAUGGUGUACCGGACCCGCUGCUCGUCGUUCCAUGCGGUCAUGAUACUUGUACGGAGUGUUUCACCUCGCUUACGGAGAACAUGGUGCAGGACAACAUCAGGCUAGGCGACGAGAACAACCGGGCCGCCAAAUGUCCGGUCUGCCGUGGGCCGGUCGAGCCAAAGAGGGUUAUCACCCUUACUGCCUUCCGGAAGGUGCAUGCGCCCGAAGCUCUUCCAGCCGGCGAUGAUGUCGCCGGUGAUGAUAUCGCCGAAGAGCUUUCCGACGUCACCGACUCGGAUUCAGACUCGGAUAGCUUUUCGUCAGACAACGAGAGUGAGCCUGAUGCGGACCGUUUUGGAAAUCUCGCAGGUUUCGUCGUUCCCGAUAAUGAAGGUGACGAUGUCAAAAGCGAGACCGUCGACACCGACGAGGAAUUGGACGCUGCGGCUAGGGCUUUGAAGACAAAAGGGGCCGAUCAGGGCAAGGCGGUAAAGAAGUCCAAGGCGGCCAAAAAGCGGGGUGGGAAAAACAAAAAGAAGAGCAAAGGAGAAGGCAAGGCCAAGGCCGAAGAGAUCAAGCCUCACAUGCUCAAGCAGCUACGCAACGAUGCGGAUAGGAACAAGGAAGCCCGCCGCCGGUACAUGCGUUACCUUCGCGAUAACUGGGAAGACUCGGCUAAAGUCACCCAAGUUAUCGAGCUCCUCAAGGAGAUCCAGGAGACGGACGAAAAGACCAUCAUCUUCUCCCAAUGGACCACCCUUCUCGACAUGAUCGAGUGCCAGAUCAAGGACAAGCUCAACAUCCGCUACUGCCGCUACACGGGCAAGAUGUCGCGCAACCAGCGCGAUGAGGCCGUCCAGGACUUUGUCGAGAACCCCCGCAACACCGUCAUGCUCGUAUCGUUGCGCGCGGGCAACGCCGGCCUGAACCUAACCGUCGCGAGCCGCAUCAUCAUCUGCGAUCCGUUCUGGAAUCCCUUCAUCGAAGCACAGGCGGUCGAUCGCGCCCAUCGCAUCGGCCAGCAGCGCGAGGUCAAGGUCCACCGCAUCCUGGUUAAGGAGACGGUCGAGGAUCGCAUCCUGGCCCUGCAGGAGAACAAGCGGAAGCUGGUUGAGGCGGCCCUCGACGAGGGCCAGAGCAAGAGUGUGGGGAGGCUGAGUGAGCGCGAGUUGGCCUACCUGUUUGGUGUCAACUCCGCGAGGCGCUAAGGGGAUGGUAUCUUCCUUCCCCUUCCUCAAGUGAGUUCAUUGUUUGGAGGCGUUACGACUACUGCCGUGGCUAUAGCACGCUGGCUGUCUGGUUUCUUUUUGCCUUUUUUUCUUUUUUGUUCGCGGAGAUUUAUUGUUCGAGUAACGGCUUGCUCAUUUCAUUGCCAACCUCGCUUCACAAUGUCACGGAGAAUGGAGACCUCGCGGUCAUGGACAUGACUAGACUUUUCGCCUUUGAUGACAACGGCGGGGCGGGGGCUUUUGACGGGGUGCUGAUACCCGGGAUGGAUGGGAACUCAGUAGAGGUCCGGACUGGACUGUGUGCUAGAUGUAUAUUUGCUCGGUACCCCGCAGCGGAUGCCAUACUUAUGAAGUUAUGACGCGAUAUGGCUUUAGCAACCCAGGUUUUACGGGGGUGGUAUGGUGGUAUGGUAAUAUAUAUAUUGCAUUGUUAUUAG